AUGAGGCAGGAGGGGGUUCCUGGGCAGCCUGCUGGAUUUGGAGCUAGAGAUGUGGAAGGAACUGCUGGUCUGACAGAGUUCCAGGUUGGUCAGCAAUUUCAGGAUAAAGAUGAGGCCCUGUUAAGUGUGAAGACUUACAGCAUCCAUCGAGGGGUACAUUAUAAGGUAGUGGAGUCUGACUAUCGCCAGUAUGCGGGAAAGUGUUCUGAGUUCGGGAAUGGGUGCACAUGGUUGAUUCGGCUGAGUCUCCGGCAGCGCAAGGGCAUUUGGGAGGUCAAACGGUACAAUGGACCUCAUACCUGUCUCGCCACCUCCAUCUCCAACGACCACAGGAGUUUGGAUUAUCAUGUGAUAUCGGCAUUCAUUAUGCCAAUGGUUAGGGCUGAUGCAUCCAUCAGCAUCAAGGUGCUCCUAAAUGCCACUGCCGCACACUUUGGAUUUAGGCCGACGUAUAGGAGGGUCUGGUUGGUGAAGCAGAAGGAUAUUGCCCUCAUCUAUGGCGACUGGGAUGAAUCGUACAACGAGCUCCCCAGGUGGGUGUUGGGAGUCCAGUUGACGAUGCAUGGUACUGUUGCAGUCCUUAGGACGAGCCCUGUUCGAGUUGGUGGACAGCUGGACGAGUCUCAAGCUUAUUUUCACAGACUGUUCUGGACGUUUCCACCGUGUAUCAAGGCAUUCCGUCAUUGCAAGCCACUGGUUAGUAUUGACGACACCCAUCUGUAUGGCAAGUAUGGGGGAACGUUGCUUGUCACGAUCACACAGGACAGGAACUCCAACAUACUCCCUGUUGCAUUCGCACUAGUCGAUGGUGAGAAUGCUGAGUCUUGGUCCUUCUUUCUCUCCCACAUGCGUCAGCACGUCACACUGCAGCCGGGUCUGCUGGUUAUAUCGGACAGGCAUAACGGCAUCAAGGCCGCGCUUGAGGCUCCCGACGGAGGCUGGUUACCUCCAUCUGCAUACCAGGCAUUCUAUAUUCGACAUGUAGCGGCAAAUUUUGCCCUAACCUUCAAGGACAAAGACGCACGGAGGCUUCUUGUCAACGCGGCGUACGCUAAGACCGAAGUGGAGUUCGAUUACUGGUUUGAUAUUCUACGGUCUGAAGACCCGACGAUGUGUGAGUGA